AUGAUUACCUCGAUCAAGACAGUCGCCGCCUUUUCUUUGGGCCUGGCUGCCCUCGUGAGAGCGCAGUAUGACACCGCGCUCGUAGGCACAUGGACCACAAAGUCCAGGAAAGUCGUCACUGGCCCGGGCUUCUACGAUCCCGUCGCCGACAGAUUAAUCGAGCCUGAAUUGACUGGCAUCUCCUACUCCUUCACCGUGGAUGGUUACUAUGAGGAGGCUUACUACAGAGCCAUUGCGAAUCCUGCUACACCCCAUUGUCCUUCUGCCGUUAUGCAAUGGCAACACGGCACCUAUUCUCUCCCCGGCAAUGGAAGUAUUGUCCUGGAACCCUUUGCAGUUGACGGCCGUCAACUUACCUCCGCUCCGUGCUCCUACGACCGAUCGAUCUACGUCCGCUACGAACAGGCCGAGCUGUUCAAGUCUUACCAGGUCUCGACGGACAAGUUCCAUAAUGUGCCGCGGCUCGAUCUCUACAAAUUCGAUGGCUCCCCAGUUCAGCCCAUGUAUCUGGUUGCCACCCCUCCGCAAAUGCUGCCCACCCAGACGUUGAACCCUACAUCUACCCCAAGCUCGACGGGCAAGAGCCGAGUGAAGAGGUCGGACGGAGGCGCGCAGGAGCCAUUGAUGCCCAUGGACAAGGGAUCUUUCUUCCUUCCCAAGGAGUACAAUGCGGAUCACUGGUGGUGGGCUGGCGUAGGGCUCACCGCUCUUGGGACGGUACUGUAUAUGCUUCCCACGUCUACCUAG